AUGACUGGUCGGCGCCGCCCUCCACCUUGGCGACUGCCUGGGGCGGAUCCGCCUGAUGCGUCCAACCCACAAGGGGCCAAGGUCGGGCGGGUGCCAGCCCUUUUCCGAGCCGCCGCUGAUGUUGUUGCGGCCGCGGCUUCUGGUGGCGGUUCUUCUCAGGUGCGCGUCGGUUCAUCUGCGCCUCGUGGGCCGAUUUAUCGGUCUCCCCGCGGGCGGACUCAUCCGCAUGUAAGGGCCCGGGGUGCCACUGGUGCCUUAAUCGCAACCAUCGACGCAGCCCCUGCCGCCUCGAUCGUUGCCGUCGCUGGCUUCUUCUUCGUCACAGCAGCAGCAUUUGUCUGCGCCGGCGGCACUGUUGUCCUCUCCAUUGUGUCAGCCGAGUCCUUCUCUGCCGCCGCUAACCUCUCAUCCUCCGCAGAUUCAGCCGCCUCCUGCGGCUCAACAGCCGUCUUUGUCGCCGGUCCCCCACCCACCGGAACCUCCGCCUCAGGGGCCUCCUUCUCAGCCGGCGCAGGCCUCCCUAUGUCCUCCGUCUGCCCUCCCUCAAUCUCAGCCGCCCUUGCAGCCUCCUGUGGUGCCGCCGCCGCCCCCUCCCUGUGGGGCCUCACUUCCUGCCGUCGUCCGGCUAAACCUCCCCCACUCCCACUCCCUCCCCGCCCUCUAAGCCGUUCUGGCAGGGGCUUGACGCUCCUCGUACUCAUCCUCUUGCAUUUGCCAGAGGUCCCCCAGCCGGGGGGCCCAGGGGUUCUCCCUAUAGCCGCGGAGGACUGCUGCAGCCUGUGCUGGGAGCCUGGCCUCAAGCGGUGCCAGCGGGUUGGCCCGGGGGGGCGGUGGGGCCCAUGUCGGGGAGAGGAGAUUCCCGGCCUUGUGAAGAAGGUAGUCUGGCGGCAGGUUCAGCUGCUACAGGAGAAGCAGGCUCAGCAUCGACCCCAUUGGCUGGGGCUUCCAAAACCUCUGGGUGGUCGUGGCGUUCCCGCCAAGGGCCUGUUCGUGCCUGGAUCUCCGCUCCCCCCAAGCAAGCAACACCCCCGCGCCUUCCCCCUCGCCUCCUGCGAUCCAUACCGCAGAAACCCCGAUUCGCCGCCAGUGCUGGCUGAGGCGUCGCCGCUAGUCCCGCUCUUUCCGCCGGCAUCCAUGGCGUUCUGCCUCCCCUUGGUGGGCCCCACUUGCCCUUGCAGAAGCCAGCCCAGGAGGGGUCCCGGGGAGCCAGGUCCCAGCCCUGCUCCGAGCCGUCUCGGCGCUGGCUGGGCCCGCGGCUUCCUCGUCGACAUCACUCGUGCAGCGCCUAAGGCAGCGCCGUUCGGGGGCCUCGGAGUCUCUCCCUCAGCCUGGACGUGCUCCUGCCUCCUUGAGGCCGCGGUAGCAGCAGGCAUUCCGACGUUCGCAGCGGCAGUCGUCGCGCCUUCCGCCGUUGGGGCGUCGCCUCGCACCCCAGUCGCAGCAGACACCGCCGCCGCCAGCACGGCCGGCGUCACCGGCGCCGGUGACGCGGAUAGCGCCGCCUUCGCAGUCUGUUCCGGACUCGCGCCCAGCCUCGUCCCCUCAGCCUCCGCCUGUGCAGCCCGCGCGGUGGCAGAGGGCGAAACUGAGCCGGCGUCAAAGGCAGCGGCAGAGGCGCCAGCAGACACCAGGACCGCAGGCACUCCAGCAGCCGCGACUCCAGACUCCUCACCAGCCGCCACCGCGGGCGGCGCAGCCGCCUCCAGCUCAAUCUCCGCUCCGUCGGUCCCUCAGUCUGUGUCGGGCCCCUCGUCAUUCCAUCAGUACUCAUUCCAAGGCCCCCCUGUGCAGCACCCAUGGGUUCCAGUAACGCCUCCUGCCCCGCCGCCCCCUCAAGCCGAGGUUCCUGGUCAGCCUCCAACUCUCGUCGAGCAGCGCGUGAUGCACGUGGGGACUUGCUUGACGCUCUUGUCGUACGUGCUAGACCAGCUUCACGUGACUCUGGUGCAGCAGGAGGUGCAGAUCGGGGCAAUGCAGCCAGCGGAGCAGACGGCGGCAGUGGCGGCCGCGGAGGAGUUGCAGCAUUACCUCCCGCUGAUUGGCUUUGUGCCGGGCUCCCCCGGGGCUGCCCUCGGGCCCGGCCCUGGAGCUUUGGCACGGCUUGCCGAGUCUGCCCAGGAGGACCCUCUCGACCUUGUAGCCGCUGCCGCGUCUGUCCUACGCUGGUUGGACGGGCGGCUUUGCUGGAUCCUGAAGUCCUUCAUUGAUAGGUUCAUAGGGGUACAGGCAUGGCAAGAACAGGUGCAGAACAUCCCUAGUACUGCGAGCAGCCGGUAA